AUGUAUAUUCCUGACAAAUAUCAAGCUUCUGAUUGGGAGUUACAGAAAUCCAUCAUUGAGAAUUAUCCCCUUGCAACAUUAAUCACCUCAAAUAAUGAACUCAUAGCCAAUCAUAUCCCCUUUAACUUGAUAGAAAGAGAUGGUAAAAAGUAUUUACAAGCUCACAUAGCUAAGAAAAAUCAUCAAUUACCUUCAUUGGACAAUAAUGACAAUGUAUUGGUAGUAUUCACUUCCCAUGAUUCUUAUAUUACACCUGCUUACUAUGCUACCAAGCAAGAAACUCAUAAAGUGGUGCCAACUUGGGAUUUUGCUAGCGUUCAUAUCUAUGGAAAAUCUCAAAUCAUUGAUUCACCUGAAUUCCUUCGUGCUCAACAUCUGACUUUGGCAGAUGAAAAUGAACCAACCAUUAACGGGAAGAAAUGGACUGUGGACGAAACUCCGGAAAAUUACUAUAAAUUAUUAUCCAAGGCCAUUACAGGUUUAGAGAUUGAGAUUGUCAAAACUGAAGGUAAGUUUAAAUUCGAACAGAAGAUGAAAUCCGAAGAUGUUAAAGGGGUCAUAACAGGAUUGAAAUCCCACGGUAAAGAUCGAGUUGCUCAAUUUGUCGAAGAUUCUAAUGCUGGAAUCUAA